CACAGUCCAUCUUCAGUUCGUGAAGAACAGCAACAUGUUUAAGUUUUUACUUGCGGUAAUCCUGCUCAUUACCCUUGCAGUCGGGGUGCCAGUCCCUGGACCACAACCCCAACUGUAUUACGGCUCUUACCCUUAUUCUUACGCCGGAUACGGCUACAGCCCUUACUCUUACGGCUACGGAUUAUAUUAUUAGAUUAUCAGUAUUGUAUUGUAGAAAAAUGUAGAAAUAAAACAUUUGACCGUUGAA